AUGGGGGGCCUCGAUGAAAACACCCACCAGCCCCCGCAGUCGCAUCCAUCAGGCCGCGGAACCCUCUCGGAUGAGCACGCCGGGGUCAUCUCCGUCCUCGCCCAGCAGGCAGCCAAGCUCACCUCCGACCCGACCGAUACGCCCGUGGUGUGCCUGGAGUCGGACAGUGGGAAUAUCAUGAUCCAGAAGCACGACAGCAUCACUGUAGCAGUGCACAAGCUAGCAUCCUGACCCUCGGGAACCGGCGCAGUGCUCCACUCCCACCUCUGGCCCAGCUCCUCCUCACCAGACAGCCGCUCUCCUCUGCUGCUCCAGUGCAGAACAUGCUUGUAGUACUGAACCUGGGCUGAAGGCUCUCCCGCUCCACGUAACAGCUCCUGUGCAGCUACCAGGAGCUCACAUUUUAGCAGUUGUGCUGCUGAGGAUGAAAUGUGGGUCACUCACCAAGCUCGUGUAACGGAUCAGAUACUACGGAGUGUAUGUGUGUGUGUGUGGCCUUAUUUGUUGGAGAAAUCAAUAAAUGACCUGCAAAACCA